AUGAUGACGUGCCGUCUGCUGUGCGCCCUGUUGGUGCUCGCCCUGUGCUGCUGCCCGUACGUGUGCGCGACAGCGGAUGGUGAAGGUGUUAAUAUCCUCGGUCAACCGCUGCCUCAGCCAGGAGUGCAAACUCCGAGCAGUAAGCAACUGCAAUCAGAUAAUUCCGGUGUGGCGGGGUCACAAAGUAAUUCCGAUACAACAAAGGGACAAAAUCAGGUAACUGGUAGAGGAGGAGGCGAAAACUCCCUCUUAACCCCUCCUGCGCCAACGAGAGAAAGUGCUACGUCCGGUACGAAAGAGUCCACAGAUCCGGAAGCCGGCAGGACACAGGAAACAGAUGCAAUGACCGGAACCGGAGUGUUACAAAUACGGCCCAGAGACGCAGAGUCACCGGAUUCGAGGACCGUUACAGCGCCAAGUACGGCCACUACGGGAAUGUCACCAACUCCUCCAAACGAACUGGAAAAAAAUUCAGCAAAAAGGAUCACUGCGCCAGCUACGACCACCACGACUACAACGACCACCACUACAACACAGGCACCAAGUACUACCACGACUACAGAGGCGCCAACCACGACGACCACCCGCGCACCGUCACGUCUUCGCGAAAUGGACGGCAGCCUCAGCAGCUCUGCAUGGGUGUGUGCCCCGCUGCUGCUCGUCGUAUCCGCGCUGGCGUACACCGCUCUGGGCUGA